AUGCGUCUCCUCUGUUUUUCUCUGGCUGGAUUGCUGGCGACCGUCGGAGCCAGUCACAUUGGCGGCAGAGCUUUUGAUAGGUACAUUUCCAUCUGGCUGGAGAACCAGGACUUUGCCAAAGUCGUCAAAGAUUCCCACAUUGCCGAUCUGAAGAAAGAGGGGAUUCUUCUGUCCAACUACUAUGCGCAUACCCACCCGAGUCAGGCCAACUACAUCGCCGCUCUCGCCGGAGAUUACUUUGGCAUGAACCACGACGAACCAGUGCGACUGCCAAUCAACGUGUCGACCAUCGUGGAUCUUCUCGAAUGGCGGGGACUGCCAUGGAAAGCCUAUAUGGAAGACAUACCUGGCCCAGGCUAUUUGGCCGCAGCCAGCGACGGCCAGACUGGCAAUGACAAGUGGGACUACGUCCGGAAACACAACCCGUUUGUGUCUUUUGACUCCAUCAACCUCAACGGGACCCGACUGUUGAACAUUGAGGGAUUUGAUGAUUGGAAGAUUGACUUCGAGAAGAAACAGGUGCCUCAAUGGGCCUUCAUGUCCCCUAACAUGAUGAACGAUGGCCAUAAUACAUCUUUGGAGUAUGCCACGAAAUGGGCGCACGACUUUUUGAAGCCCAUGCUACAGAAAGAAGUCUUCAAAGAGCGCACACUAAUCCACCUGACUUACGACGAGUCCGAAGACUAUAAGAAACCGAACCAGAUUGUGUCACUAUUGCUAGGGAGUGCGAUACCUAAUUAUCUCAAGGGGACCGAGGACAAGACCUUCUACACCCACUACUCGAUGCUAUCAACAGUUGAGUACAACUGGGAGACUCCGAAUUUGGGGCGGUACGAUGUGGGCGCCAAUAUCUUCAAGUUCGCACAAGAUCUCGGUAGCCAAGUUAUCGUUCCGAACAAAGAUCCGCCUAAUAUAGCCUCGGUGAACAACUCGGAAUCUUACUUUGGCGCGCUUAACAACGACAGCAGCAAAUUUCGCCCUUACCCUCCUCCAAACCUCGCCCUCAAUGGAUCCAGCGGCUUUCCAAUCUUGGAACGUAUCCGCCUACAAUGGGUAUUCCAUAAUCAGCCGACGCCGUAUGAUGGAAAAGGCACCCUCUAUGACGCGAACUUCCAGCCUCAAUACGUCCCACAAGCCGUAUAG